AUGUAUGAAUUAUCAAUUUUAUUUGAAAAAAACAUAUUUUUCAGAGAUUUGGCGGCUAGAAAUUGUCUGGUUGGCCCUGAAAAUGUUGUCAAAAUUGCUGAUUUUGGAUUGGCUCGUUUUAUGAGAGAAGACACUUAUACAGCACAUGCCGGCGCAAAAUUCCCAAUCAAAUGGACUGCUCCAGAAGGACUAGCAUUUAAUACAUUCAGCUCAAAAAGUGAUGUUUGGGCAUUUGGAGUUCUGUUAUGGGAGAUCGCAACAUAUGGAAUGGCGCCGUAUCCAGGUGUUGAAUUAUCAAAUGUUUACGGGUUACUCGAAAAAGGUUUUCGAAUGGAUGCACCAACUGGAUGUCCACAAUCGGUUUAUCGAUUGAUGCUUCAAUGUUGGAAUUGGUCACCAUCUGAUCGUCCAAGAUUCCGGGAUAUUCAUUCGAAUUUGGAGACGAUGAAUAAUCAGAAUGGUAGUGAUGUGGAUAAGGAGGUUGCCAAGAUUUUGCAGCAGAAUUCUUCGAGAGAUAAACGACGAUCGAAUGGACGGGUUAAUGAUUCGUUGUCAAGAAGUAGUACUUAUGAUAAAUACGGGCAUAAUAUUCAUAAUGAUAUGAUUCAUUCGAUUUCGAGAAACUCGAAUUCGGAUAUGAGUGAAAUGACGGUAAGCUUCUAUUAUUUUUGGGUGAAAAAUUCUGAUAAACGUGAGAGAAUCUAUUCAAAAUUUCUCCAGAAGUCUUUAACAGAUGACCUUUUCGAAACCUUAUCCUAAAUUAUUCUAAUUUUUUUCCAGAUGUCAUCCUUCCGUGAUAAUGGCGCAGCUUCACCUCUCAACUCUAGAUCACAACUACCACUCCCACCACAUGUAAGAAAUUCUUUAUUUUUUUCCUAAACAUUUUCCAAUCAAUAUUUUUUAGCAGGCUGCUAAACCCAAACUAUUGAAAUCAGUUCUCAACACCAAUGCAAAACAUAUCAGCUCGAAAUCUGAAGGUAACUUUAUUCUUGUCAAUCCCUUCCUCAAAUAAAUUUCUCUGCAGAACACGAGGAAAUCACACCGCUUGCUGAGAAGAAUGUGAGAAAAGCAGUGAGUCGAUUAGGUGGAACAAUGCCGAAAGGUCAAAGAAUCGAUGCAUAUCUCGAUUCUUUGCGGAAAAGUGAGACUUCCGGAUGGAAAGAUGGAACUGAUGCGGACACCGAAGGAGCCGGGUCAUCUUCGAUGAGUCGAACUGUGUCGGAUGAUUCACUUGAUGCGUUGCCAUUGCCGGAUUCGAUGAAUUCGAGUGCUUAUGUGAAGAUUGGAUCUGUUAGUGGUGGAAAUGGUGAAAAUGCAUUUUUGAAGGUUGGUUUUUAAUAAUUUCAUUGAUAAGGACUUAAGAUUAAAAAAUAUCGGAUCUAUAUUGUCAGAAUCUACAAAAAUCCACUUUGGCAAUAUUUAAUAAUUGAAAAAAAAUUAAAUUAAAAUGUAUUUCUUCAACAGAUUCCUUUACAAUUUCAGAAAAACAUUUUCAGGAAAAAUUUGAAAUCUGAAACUAUUUCUGGAGCUAGUGACAACUUUAUGAACUUUGCCACGUUCAAAUUUUUGUUCAGAAUCUAGAUUUUCAGUUUUUUAAUCAACAUCUCUCUUCUACUCAUGAUCUUCUAAACAAAUUGUUUUUUUUUUCAGCAAAUCCGCUCGAAGCUCAAAAAACCAAUUGAAACAUCAAAUAAUGUUGAUUCGGAUACACCGGAUGGUAAGUCAUUCUUAUUAAAAAUUCCUGAUUAAUCAAAUCGGAAACAUAAAAUAACUUUCAGAUUCUAUGAAUGCACCAAAACCAGUCAAAAGUCCAACAAAUCUCUUCGGAUCUUUGAACAAAAAAUCAUCACCAACCGAGUCGAUGUCGAAAAAACAAGGGAAAAGUCCGUCGCCUGUUUCGCCAUCACCAAACUCCUCAUUUUCUGUUUUGAACGAAUCCAAAGAACAUUCUGAGCCGGAAAUUACCGGAGGUGGAUCAUGGAGAGCAAAACAAGCGGUUACCAGGAAAAUUGACGUCGUUAAGGUGAGGGAAAUUGAAAAUUUCACGGGUUUUUCAAAUGAAUAGAUGUCAAAAAUAUUAGAUUUCCCCUCUGAGUUUUUUUUCUCAAAUUUUGAUGUAUUUCAGAAUGAACCAGCACCAAAUGCCGAGGGAGAAUUGAAAGCAAAAAUCCGAAACCUCCGCCACGUUUCAAGAGAAUCCGAAGAGCAGCCACAAUCCAGCAGUGGAGAAACUUCUCUGCAAGACGAGAAAGAGCCUGUUCCAACAGACAAAGCACGAAUCCGUCAACUCGUCACACAAAAAGUCUUCCCCUUCCAACCACAUCGCCCAUUUUCACUUCAAUGUCCAAACAGUUCAGCAAGUUCGGGAGUUUUGGACAAACAUGAAAGUUCAGCAACAUCAUCGACAUCUUCGAUGCAAACGAAAGAGCCAACAGUUCCACCGCAUUUUAGUACUUUGCAAAGAUUCAAGGCGAAUAAUAAUGAAGUAAAUGGGAAGAAAACUGUUUUGGAGGAUGAGACAACUGGAAUGCAUAGAACUCAAUCACUUCGAGAUAUUACUAGUAAAUUUGAGAAGCUUGGUGCAGCAGAUACAAGUACCCCAAAAACUGAAGGUUAGUUCUGAAGGUUAGAUCUGGGAGGAAAUUGUUUAAAAUAUUUUUUUUUCGAGAAUUUGGUCAGAGUUUUUGAAAAUUAAUAUUCUAUUCUGUUCUUCAUCAAAUUUCAUUUUCAGAUUUUUUUUGAACCCAAAAAUUAUUUGACCUCAACUUUAAGUAACUCCCUAAAGUUUUUUUUAAAAUAUUUUAAGCACUCCCACGCCUGACGAGACGUGUCCAAAAAGGAUACUGUACAAAAAUUUUCAAAUAAAAAUUCCCGCCCAAACCAAAAUUUCCAUUCGGGCGGGAAGCUAAUAAAAAUUUUCAAAUUUUUUUUCAUUUCACUGCACAUCUUUUUCACGAAAAAGUGAAGUAUGCAUUGGUUUUCAGCGGAUUUUGAUGAAAAUAUUCUGAAAAAAUUUUCACGCUGCACAAAAAUUUUGGGAGCACUGCACUUUUCAUCCGCGCAAAAACCAAUCAAGAGAUAAAUUGUCAAAUCUUUUUCGAAUUUUUUUCUUAAAAUCUAAAUCUUUUUAUUUUCAGAAGUCCCAUAUCGCGAAAACGUCAUCGAACGCAAAUCUGCCAAACGCUUCUCAAUGCUAGAUUCCGAUUCCAGCCAAAAAACUCGCCCAUUCAUGGUGCCACCACCAAGAGGAGGACGUCGUGCUGUUCUACCCGAAGAAUCUAUCGAUGAUGAAACUGUUAACAAAGAAAGUCUUCUGAAACUCGGUGAAAAAUUGGAGGAAAUUGUGUUUGUUUGCAAAGGAAAAAUAUUCGAUAAUCAACCAACUGAACAAGUUGUUCAAAGUCUUAUUCGUCUUUGUGACACUGUGAAGAAGUUCCAUUCACAAUGCACGGUUUAUGGUGAACAGAUUUCGCCGCAUAGUAAAUUUAGAUUCAGGUAUGUAUAUUUUUGAGAUUUUUAUCUAUACCAGAAUUAAUACCCCCUGAUAAUUCCAAAUGUUUUUUUUCAGAGAAGCUUUAUCUAGAAUGGAUGGGUAUAAUAAUCGCCUUAUCGAUAUGUCAUCAAAACUUGGCUCAUCUUAUCACACAUUUGACAAAGAAAAAUUAGUCGAAUACCUUUAUUGCUCAUUCCAAGAAGUCAGAGAGCUUAUCAAUCGUUAA